AUGGAUAGGAUGACCAAAUUAGCCAAUUUCUUGCCAGUUAAGACUAUAGACACUGUAGAGGAUUAUGCCAGGCUGUAUUUUCAAGAGAUAGUUAGACUGUAUGGAGUAUCUUUUUCUAUCAUCUCAAAUUGGAAAGCUCAGUUCAUUGCCCAGUUUUGGAAGUCAUUCCAGAGAGGUUUGGUUUCAAGAGUGAAACUUAGUACUGCUUUACAUCGGCAGACAGACGGCCAGGCAAAGCGUAUGAUACAGACUUUGGAGAAUAGGUUGAGAGAAUAUGUCAUCGACUUCAAAGCUCUGUAUGAGAGGAGAUGUAGAUUGCUAAAUAGUUGGUUCAAAGUUGGCAAAACUGAGUUGAUUGGUCUAGACUUGGUUCACCAAGCUAUGGAGAAGAUUAUGAAAAGGUUUGGUAAUAUGGCUUACGAAUUGGAGUUGCCAUCAGAAUUAACAGCUAUUCAUGCCAUAUUUCACAUCUCUAUGCUUAAGAAAUAUUUGGGAGAUCCUUUAUUUGUUAUCCUGACUGAGGGCAUUGGGGUAAAAGAGAUUUUAAGUUAUAAAGAGAUCCUAGUUCAGAUCCUUGAUCGGCAAAGUGACAGCGAUGACGAGGAGAGCUUGUUGGUUGCAGAGGAGGCAAAGGGACCUUGUUCUUUGUAG